CAUUGCCCCUGAAAAACCUCCUCUGCAAGACAGUAAGGAUGUUCAGGUUUGUGUGCAGUCAUGCAUCUCAAUAAAUCCGACACUCCUUGGCGUCAAACGUGUCGUCAAAACAGUCAAGUAUGACGAAAAGGAAGAGAUUCUGCACAGAAAUGAGCUUCUAGCGAUGGUUAAGUUCAAUGGGGGAACGGACAAGGAUCGAAAGCGUCUCUUUAUAGAGUGCUUAGGUUGGUGGACGGAGGGCAAAUACCUCAACAUCGCGAUGGAGUAUCUGCCACUGGGGGACUUACGCCACUAUUUGGAAAAGAAUGGGCCGUUGAAGGGGAAUGAUUUCAAGCGAGUCAUCUUCCAGGUGCUUCUAGGGCUUGGAUUCAUGCAUGAGCAGGAAUAUACCCAUCGCGACAUUGCCCCAAAGAAUAUCUUUAUACGGAGCUGUCCACAACCCAAUAAGCCCGACGAGAGAUUGUCGGUCGUGCUUGCUGACUUUGGCUUCUCGAAGUCGGUCAGGAUUAAGCAAGACGUAGCAAGUGGAGUGAGGACCACUUGGGCAUACGGAGCACCCGAGAUCCAAGGAUCUCAAGAUUUUUGGCCGCCACAGCUGCAAGAGCCUAAAAACUUCCUGACUAUCGAUAUGUGGUCUCUAGGGGUUACGAUGUUUGAGCUUCUCACUAGAAAGCUACCGUUUGGCGAUAACGGAGCCGACGGCAGGGACUUUGUCAAGAUGUGGGAUGAGGAGGAACAUCGUUGGAUAGACCCAAUACCAAAGAGGAAGUGGAAGAAAGUGCGGAACGAUCAUCUUCCAUGGUUCGUGGCACGGGAGGUUUCAACAACCGCACAGAAAUUUCUAUACGGACUUUGGACGGAAUUUGACAAGCGGCCCACUCCUUCCACUGCGAUGAAGCAUGAGUGGUUCUACAACAAGGCCGAGUUCAAUUUCCCCUCAACCUAUCUUCCAGGCGGCUAUCAGCAGUCGGACAUCCCUGACUACAACGAUAAUUACACUUCCGCUUAUCGUCCCGGGGGACUCGCACGACGCCCCAUCAACGGCGAAGAUAGCGCUUCACACUUCUCUGGCUUAAGAAGGAUACCGGGAGAUACCCAGCGGUUCGGGCGAGCCUCAAUAGCAUCGAGUGUCGCCAGUCCUGCAGAGCUUCCAGAUGCUUAUGUCAAAUUGGAAGUCGCCAGUCCCGCACCGCCUCUAGUUGCUUCCUCCAAAGCUUCUUCCAGAUCGGAAGCAGAGAGUUCUUAUCAUACACUUGUCGCGAGCGAAACAUCUGUUCCUGGUCAAACUGCCCGGUCGGCUGCAAGAAGCGUACCUCAAGUCGUACCCCAAAACGCACCACGGCCUGAGCCACAAAGCGUGUCCCGAAAUUCCGACGUGGCCAAACCAGGUCAAGAUGCACUUCACAUAUGCCCCUAUACCAAGCUCUAUGGCGGCGAGCGAAGCCCUUUCGAAAAUGACAAGGACUUGACGUGUGAUGAAAAUGUCACGUUCCUUCGCAAAUCUGACCUCCUCCGGCACAUGAGCGAGAUACAUGCACCGUCGUCCAUGGCGGUAAAGCCAAUUCCAGACUAUGCGUUCACCGUCGCCAACACAACUGGAGGGGAGCAGCAAGCUGCGGUGCAGAAGUUGUGGUGGAACGCCGUGUAUGACCAACAAAUUAUAUUGAUGAAGUAUCUCCUCGACAAGCUCAAAUUCGAUAUCAAUAUGUUAAUCUAUUUUACCUCUCCCAGGGGCAAGCUUAAAGGCAUGGCUCUCGGAGUGACGGCACUUUACUAUGCGGCUUUUCAUGGCAACAACGACAUGGUCAAAUUCCUCCUUAGCCAGAAAGCCGAUACGCGGCCACAGGACGGGCUCAACCUCACCCCAGAGCUGAUUGCUGUACGCCAGCGCCAUGAAUCCACAGCUCAGCUUAUCGCCGAGGCAGAAGCCAAGCGAAAGAGUGAGAAUAGGAAUGAGGCUGAGCGCAUCAAGGCCGAUGACCGAAGACGCCAGGCGGCGGGUCUCCCAACGAAAGAGUCUGUAUUACAGGAAGUACGGCAGGUAUUACACCAAAGACUUCCAUCUAGCUCCAUUUCUCCGGGGCGUAACGACUUGGGCGAUGCAAAGAGGAAAGACCUGGUGACCGUUUACCAACGGGAGGCUUUGAACAGAGGUAUCCAAGCACAGGGCCUGAAACGAGCUCCAGACUCGGAUCUCUCAGACGAGAGACCCCCCAGCCGACCAAGAAGCAGCCACUACGACCCAGCCACCACUCAAGACCUGCUCCCCGACGGCCGCCCACCAACUCCUUCCCCAGCCUUCAACAUGCACAUGACCGCCCAACUCCAAUCCCAAGGCUUCGGCCUCGACCCCAGCCUCGAAGGUCUCGGCUUCUACGACUUCCGUCCCAAAAUUGAAUACGACGGCCUCCCAUAUCAGGGGGAUCUUUCUCUUCACCUGGCCACAUCCUCCUUCUCCUCUGGCAGCCGCUACUCGUCACCCUCCCCAAUGACACCCCCAGGAGGAUUCCCCGAUGGACUUCCCGCCCCUCCCAUGCGACUCGGUCGACACUCGCGUCACUCCUCCAUCGGAUCUCUAGCCGGUAGCUUGGAAGGGUUCAACAUCGGCACGCCCACCGACCCGAACAUGCGCACAGACGGCCUACCGCCAACUGACGCCGAGUAUUUUAAUAAUUCGACAUUCUCGUCGUCUUCUUGGUCAUCGAAUAGACCGUUGAAGGCUAUGCCGCAGCAGAGCCAUCACGGUCAGCAUCACGGGGGAUUGUACGGAUCUGGACAUCCGGGGUAUGUGCCCAGGGCUAUGAUGCAGGGUCAAGGACAGGGACAGGGACAACAACGGGGGUACGACUACGGGUCGAGGCCGGGAAGUAGGGGACAGCCUAUUGAUCUUACGAAGGGUAAUGAUGAGAAUGGGAAUGGGCGUGGGGGGAGAACGCCGAGGGCUAGGUCGACGACGGUGAGAGUGGGGGAUAGGGAUGUUGAGAUGAUGGAUUUGACGGGGGAGUGAGUUCAACGCUCGACGGAAAACCAUCCACUUGAGACUUGAAAGUGGUAUCAGUGCCCGAUUGACUCCUUCGAAAUCUGAUGUUUUCCUAAUUGGAAUCUAAGCGGUCUAGACGGCAAGGACGGUACCGGAGGAAGUAUCAUGGCCCCGUGCCACUUGGUGUUUUGCUGCGGCUUUGGUGUGGGCACCGUGGAUUCACACAGAGAAUACCUCUACAAAGGAUUUAACGGGCUCGCUUUUCAGCCUUGAGUUUGAGCUUAGGUAGGGCCC